AUGGGGAUCGUGAGAUUUGACGACCCAGCCACAUCCAAUAUAGCGGGAAACCCGCUCUCCAAUCAUACCAACCAAGGAGUGAAUGGGAUAUGCGAAGGCUUGAACAAGAAGACCAAGUAUGAGGUUGCAGAAGUCAAGACUCCGUUGAGGCGAGUAUGGAUGGACAUGGUCAAGAGAGGAUUGAUCGCGUUGGAUUCGAGGGAAGAACCUGAAGAAGAGAGAAACUACUGUGAGUUUCACGACGAGGUGGGGCAUGAAAUCCAAGAUUGCGUGGAGUUCAAGGCCCUAAUACAAAACAUGAUGAACAAUAAAGAAAUGGAAUUUUAUAAAGUAGCCAAAAACCCCGUAGUGAGAGAUAUAUGCGCAUCAGAUGGAGAACCGACGGCACAAAACCGAACACCUAACUAUCCUGUGGUGAUCAUUUCGAGACCCAAAAAUAAUAAAGCUGGAGUACAAAUUCCACCGAGGGUCAUAAUCCAAAGACCUGCAGUCUGCCCUUACAAAGACAACAAAAAGGUUCCAUGGAAUUAUGAUUGCAGUGUGAUGACACUGGGAAAGGAGAGCCUGAUUGACGCUUCAAGAGGGGAUCAGGACAAGGGAUCCUAUACACGUAGUGGGAGACGUUACGAUACGGCGAAUGAGGAGGCACAACCCACAAAAGGAAAAGCCCAGAUGGUUGAGGAAAUGAAAGGAAAAGCAACCAAACCUGUUAACGAGCCAGUUAACGAAGAGGAGGCCAAGGAGUUUUUAAAAUUCCUAAAGCAUAGCGAAUACAGUGUAGUGGAACAGCUACGUAAACAACCAGCCCGCAUUUCAGUGCUGGCCUUGCUUUUGAGCUCGAAAGUCCAUCGCAGCGCGCUAAUGAAGGUCUUGAAUGAAAUAUAUGUUCCCAAUGAUAUAUCCGUUAACAAGUUGGACCGCUUGGUUAACAACAUCAGUGCUGAUAACUAUAUCUUCUUUAAUGACGAUGAGAUACCACCCGGGGGCAUGGGGUCGACUAAAGCUUUGCAUAUCACCACACGCUGUAAAGGGUAUAUGCUGCCAAGCGUACUAAUUGACAAUGGAUCCGCCCUGAACGUCCUGCCAUUGACUACGCUGAACAGAUUACCUAUAGACAGCUCUCACAUGAAGGAGUGCCAGAACAUCGUAAAGGCAUUCGAUGGCACGGAGAGAAAGGUGAUGGGCAGAAUCAAGGUACCCCUUCAGAUUGGGCCAAACACAUAUGAGGUGGAUUUCCUUGUAAUGGACAUCAAGCGCUCAUAUAAUUGCUUAUUGGGAAGGCCCUGUAUACAUUCAGCUGGGGCAGUGCCUUCUUCGUUGCAUAAAAAAUUGAAGCUGGUGUCGGAGGAAGGUUGA